CAAAGCUGUUGAUUCAUGCGCGUAUAUGCGCAGUACCCGGAUGAGGUUGGUCGCCAUUUUUACAACAUCCCAGCGCAGCGCUGCCGGUGGGAGGGAACACCAGUCAUCGACUCUCGCUGUUGGACUGUACGAGCCGCCGACAGACCUGGCACGCCACCGUGUUUCUUCACGCUAAACAUUCGCCAGUUCGACUUGUUCGCCACUCAGCCAGCAUCCCCGCGCGCGAUGGACGACAGAAACGACCUAGUGUUCCAGGCGAAGCUCGCCGAGCAGGCGGAGCGAUACGACGAGAUGGUGGUUUCUAUGAAGAACGUGGCGGGCAUGGAAGGCGAUCUCUCGGUGGAAGAGAGGAACCUGCUGUCAGUGGCCUACAAGAACGUGAUCGGAGCCCGGAGAGCCUCCUGGAGGAUAAUCAGCAGUAUCGAACACAGGGAAGAGAGCAAGGCCGGAGAAGAGAAACUGAAGAUGAUCCAGGAUUACAGGCAAACGGUUGAGAAGGAGCUGAAGACGAUUUGUGGUGACAUUCUGGAUGCACUGGAAAGGCACCUACUCCCCUCUGCUGCUGUGGGAGAGUCCAAGGUCUUUUACAACAAAAUGAAGGGCGACUACCACAGGUACCUGGCAGAGUUUGCCACUGGCAACGAAAGAAAGGAUGCGGCAGAGAACAGCCUGGUGGCCUACAAAACCGCUACCGACCUUGCCAUGUCGGACCUGCCUCCCACGCACCCCAUUCGCCUCGGCCUUGCCCUCAACUUUUCCGUCUUCUACUAUGAGAUCCUCAACUCACCUGACCGUGCAUGCAGGUUGGCGAAGGCUGCAUUUGAUGACGCCAUCGCAGAACUGGACACAUUGAGUGAAGAUUGCUACAAGGACUCCACACUUAUCAUGCAGUUGUUACGUGACAACCUGACACUAUGGACUUCAGAUAUGCAGGGAGAAGGUGAAGAACAGAAUAAAGAGGUACUGCAAGACGUUGAAGAUGACGCCCAGUGAGACUCUGCCACCAACCGCCAACAACUUGAGACCCUCCCCUCACCACCUCACACUCCUCGCCCCCUCUCCCUUUCCCCCCCUUCUCUCUCCCCUUUCUGCGGGUCACCUUCCUCUUCCUCCUCUCCCUUCACCCUUUUUUUCCUUUUCUUCCACCUCUGCAGCUCUGUGACCCAGCAGGUCUAUGGAGUGAACAGGUUUAUUUUUCUCUUCUUUUUUAUUUUUAUAUUAGCCCUUACAUCAUUCAAGUAAAUACCACUUAAUUGAGACAGGAAAUACGAUGUUAGAAAGACAAAGAUAAUAAAGAGUCCCUGAUUUAUUUUUUUUGUCCUGGUACAAGCAGUUCUGGGAGGUUAUCUUUGUUUCAUUAUUGUAUUUUUGUUGGUUUUGUUGCUUUUUCCUCAAUAUUUUUAUCAGUUGCUGGAUGUAUUGAGAUUUUUUUCUUAAUGUAAUUACAGAAAUUAACUUUUAUUACUGAUAAUGUUGACUUAGUUAUGGGUUAUGGGAGCUAUUUUAUCUCUGUUUUUAGUGAAAUGUUGAAUGCGAAUCAUUAUAUCUUUUUUAUGGGCAAUUUGAAAAACUACAAGUGCCCUUUUUGUUAACUUAGGUUUUCAGAGGAAGUUGGCCAAAUUCGCGAUAUCCACGUGGGACAAAGAAGUGCUUAACUCUUACACCAUAGUGAUUCUGUUGUAAUGUUCUCGUAGUUGUCCUUGGACUGUACUUUGUGCUGAAAUACUGUAAGUGUGCACACAUGCUGAAUCCCUGAAGGUCGAAUAACGCCCUUAGCCGGUGGUUUUAAUUUUUGAAAACUUGGGAGAUUUCUCACUUGUGUAAACGACGAGUGUCAAUUUGGCCCCGCUCCGUGACAGAGAGCCCUAAAAUCACGAUUUGUCAGCGCUUGCAUGAGUUAACACAUCUCUGCUGCUUCUCCCCCUACUCCUCACUAAAGCUCCUCUUGGUCCAGAGGUUUCCUUUCUUUUUGCCCGUUUCCUUUGUCUCUCUUCUCGUUUUGCUUCAUUAUGUGUAACUUGGAGCUGAUUUGUACUACUGGAUAUCUGACUGGAGCCACAGACAGGGAAUCUGUAUUGUUCUUACUGAAACACAGCAUGGAAUUAACAUUAAACAAACUAAAUUAAACAUUACAAACUGA